AUGAGACUCUCAAGUGUUUUCUUCGGCCUUGCUGCCGUCGUGUCUGGGCAUACAAUUUUCCAGAAGCUCUCCAUCAAUGGAGUUGACCAAGGAGCAUUGAAGGGGGUUCGAGCACCUUCAAGCAACAACCCCAUUCAGAAUGUCAACGAUGCCGGUUUCGCCUGCAACAACAACAUCCAGUACAAGGACAACAAUAUUGUGUCCAUCGCCGCUGGUGCAAAGAUCGGUGCUUGGUGGGGGCACAUCAUCGGAGGUGCUCAAGGCACAAACGACGCCGAUAAUCCCAUCGCGGCAAGCCAUAAAGGCCCAAUUGUUGUCUACCUAGCCAAAGUCAGCAACGCUGCUAGCACUGGCACGACGGGCCUCACUUGGUUCAAGAUUGCCGAAGCCGGCCUGAGCGGAAGUACAUGGGCGGUUGACACCAUGAUAGCAAACAAUGGCUGGCACUACUUCACUCUCCCCUCAUGUGUAGCUCCUGGGGACUACCUACUUCGCGUUGAGAUCAUUGCCCUUCACUCUGCCUCAACACAGGGAGAGGCCCAAUUCUAUAUGGAAUGCGCCCAAAUUCGAGUGACUGGCUCAGGCACCAAUGCGGGCUCCAAUACUGUCAAGUUUCCCGGCGCCUACUCCGUGACCGACCCAGGCAUUCUUAUCAACAUCUACGAUAAUUCUGGCAAGCCAACAAACGGCGGCCGCUCAUAUAAGAUCCCGGGCCCUCCGGUCCUUAGCUGUUCAGGUUCUGGAAAUUCUGGAAGUGGCAAUGGGUCCCCUGCUGUUCCCAGCUCCGCUCCUGUAUCGAGCUCUCCUCCGUCAAGCAGCGGCGGCAAGACUGUGGAUUUAUAUGGGCAAUGCGGGGGUCAAGGAUGGACUGGCGGUACGACCUGUUCUCAGGGAACUUGCAAAGUCUCGAAUCAGUACUAUAGCCAGUGCCUGCCUUGA